CUGAUCCCGCCGACCUGGACGUGGAAGUGAUCGAACCGCCCGAGCCGGAAGACCCAGCCGACAACGAGUGCCGCGUUUGCAAGCGCCGCUUCAAGCACAAGUACUCGCUGGUGGCGCACUGUCGCCAGCACCUGAUGUCACGUCUCUGCGGCGUCUGCCACCGACGGUUGCCCGAUGGCGAGGCGCUGGUGCUCCAUCUCGAGACGCACAUGGAGAAGAACUCGACGUUCAAGUGUGACCAGUGCGACAAGUCGUUCGUGCAUGCCAAAAGCCUGUACGUGCACAAGCGUAACCACAGCGGCGUGCGACCAUACACCUGUCAGUACUGCUUCAAGACGUUCCGCCACUGGCACAAGCACCGCGUGCACGUGCGCAUACACACCGGCGAGCGGCCGUACCAGUGCGAGGUGUGUGGCUGGGGCUUUCCCCGCAACGACGAGCGCAAGCGCCACAUGCGUACGCACGUGGGCCGAAAGGCGUUCCACUGCAUCGACUGUGGCGUCGGUUGCGGCACACAGGUGGCGCUGAUGCGGCACGUCGAGAUUCACCACGGCAAGGGGAAGCGCGCGAGUGGCCCGGGACCAGCCGAGGCGUCGGAGGAGCCGGCCGACGCCGCCUCGCCGGCCGGCCGGUCAGACGAGGAGGCCGAGGGCGAGCCCGAGGACACGGCCGACGAGAACUUCGACGACCUCGACGAGCAGAUCACCGUCAAGAUCGAGAUGGACGGCGCGGCGGGCGUCGCGGACGACGGCGACGAGGACAGCGACGACCCGCCGUACCAGCCGUGCAGCUCCGAGUCGGAGAGCGACGCCGACGCCGCGCCGGCGGUCGCGCGCGCGCUCCAGCCCGAGGUCGGCGUCGAGGUCAACGCUGAGCCGGCGCGUGACCCCAUCGCCACCGACGAGCAGGUCCAGUCGAGGGCCGGCUCGAGCGCGGACGGCGCCGGCGUGGUCGUCAAGGAGGAGCCGCCGGACGCCGAGCAGAUGGACGAGGGUCCGACGCGCGACCCGUGGGGCUCAGAGGACUCGGAGCUGGAUGACGACAGGGCCCGUCUGCUGGAGCCAGAGGUCAACCUCACUGAGAUGUUCAUCGACAUCGAGCGUAUGCGCUCGACGAUACGACGCAAGAUCGCCGCCAACGCGCACAAAUUCGACGACGCUGUCACGCUGAAGGCCAGGUCCUUCGUGAGGGACCCGGAGCCGAACAUCGACCACAUGCGGUCCAUACUGCGCGCCAAGCUGGAGGAGGGCAAGCGCAUCCAGCAGCUGCUCCGCCAGAACGAGGCGGACAAGCGGCGGCUGCAGGCGGACAUCGAGCGCGGCCGAAAGCGGGUGAAGCUGGAGCCGACGGAGGCGGACGGCGGCGCCGAGUCGACACCGAUCUUCGUAUCGAAGACGGUGCCGAGCGUGCGUCUACGGCGUCUGUCGGAAACCAGCAGGACGGACGUGAGUCGACGUUGGAUGUCGAGCCGGCUCUCGGCCGAGGGCGGCGAGCCGGGACGCACCAGCGACCCCAGCGCUACGCCGCGCACCCCGCGCCGCCGCUGGAUCCAGCACCGACUCAACUUCGCGCCCGACGACGGCGCCAUCGUGGCGCAGGAGACGCCGGCGGGCCUGCGCAUGUCCACUGGCUUCGGCCAGCUGUAGAGCGCGCUCAGGGUCGCCGUGCCCGUGCUUUGGUGGUAUCAGCUGCAAAACGCAUUCUGGUUUACCCAGCUCUAGCCUACGCUGGGAUUCGGCCUGCCGUUGAGUGCGAUGAGGCGUCGGGCAGCUGCGGAGCGCACUGGGGUUUGGUCAACUGUGAGGCGCACUGAAGGCCUGUGAAGCUGUAGAACGCGCUAAAUUUGAUCAGAUGUGAAAGCCUGGACGGUGGCGACCACCGCACACUUGCGGGCGAAGACGAGUGCACCGAUAGUUACAUGAAGAGCGAUGACCAAACGCAUGACCGAACGCACGGCUCGUCCUAUUCACGAUUGGUCCACUGACGAGGGAGCAGACGACCCUAUGAUGGACGAACGGCAGGGCUGGCAGGUCACAGACGACAGUCAGUCUGCCCGGUACGAAGGCAAAUGAAGGCCUUCUUGAAAAAGGCCGGUCCAGUUCGUACUUGGCUGACGCUUGGAGACCAACGGAGGCAACCCGGUUAUCGUUACAGAACGUCAAAAUGGACUGGACUUGCGGCACUCAGUAAGCCCGCACAGACAGUGUUUGCUCUAGUCAAACAGCGCCGCCGCGGGCGGGUAUUUCUUCGUGUGCACUGGUGCUGAUACGAGAGUGAAGUGCCUGUUGCUAUGGCGUGUCUAAAAAUCCGACAUUUAGUAUUUUGGUAACUGGUAUUUGGAGGACCUUAACCUGCUUAGACGGCUACCCCAGUAUUAGAGAAGGUACCAUUCAACGAUUAGCCAGUCAUUUUGACAUUUCCCCCUUCGUGUAAUUAGCUAAAUGUGUGUGGUACGUCGCGGAUCUAUGCCUAUUUAUUUGGUAUUUAUGAGGAUGAUUGGGUAUUUAUUGAGUCGUAUUCAAGUGAGUAGAAUUCAGUAUUUAUUCCGUAUAAUAGAGAUAUGUCAAGUGCAUGACAACUCCACUUGUGUCGGGUAUUUCAGAGAACAUAUUUUUAUUGCAGUUAUGAAAGGUGUUAACACCUGCAUUUAUCGCCAUUCAUUCCACUGAACGAAACGUUCCAUGAAGGUGCAACUCGACUAGUCAUUUUGAUAUGUUGUUGCUAGCUCGUUGAGGCAUAUCAUUUUUACUUAAUUGUGCGUUGUCGUUUGUUCACUCGAUUCCGUUGCUUUCAUUGCCGUGCAUUACAGUUACGUUUCUGUGAUUUGUGAGCGUCUUACUCUGCUGAUCAUCCAUGAGAUACUUUACGGUGAAAUAAAGACGUGUCCCGUUGAAA